ACCCCCUGAUUUCACUCACUCUGCCCUAAUUGGUUCCAAGAAGUUGUCCAUCUCAAUUGUGUCCGUCUCUCUGUCGGUAUUUUUCACAACUUCGUAUCGAAGAUGGAGGGACUUUUGUUCGCUGAUACUGUUCGAAGCGAAAGGAUUCGGGGCUCUGUUGUGGAAUAUUCGGUUAUGGAGACUGAUCUGCUUGCCUGCUUGCUCAGAACUCUCUGUUUUCGCUUCUCUGUUUUGGUUGGAUCUCAGCCUGAUCACCAUAAUAUGUUUGCUAAUUUGAUUGGAGCAGAGCAAAGGUUUCCAUUCACUGAACUGAAGAAACUGGAAAAGGUUGCUGCUGAAGUGAAGGAUGCUGAAGAUGACAGCGAUGAUGAUGAUGAAGUCAUUUCAGCUCGAGAAGGAAAUGAUGAUGAUGAUGAUGAUGGGGAAUUGGAUUCCGAUGAUGAUGAUGAUGAUGAUGACGAGGCAAAUAGUGAUGGAGAAAGUAGCGACGGUGAGGAUGACGAGGAUGAGGAUGAUGAGGAAGAUGACGACGAUGAUGAUGACGACGACGACGAUGACAGUGAUGAUGAUGAAGAUGACGAGGAAGAGGAAAUGCAGCCACCUUCUAAGAAGAAGAAGUGAGGGAAAUUUUAAGUUAUUUAUUUCCCUUCUCUCUUUAUGCAGGUAUAGAGAAAAUUCUUCCUUCUUUUUCCUUCUUAAAGUUAGGAGUCAAGUAUCAAAACUCUGUUGCCGAAGCUGCAAAUUUCAUGAAUGUUGAACUUUUAAUGUCUCCUUGGAUUCUUUGAUGGGGGAUAUUGUGUCAUAUGAUUUAUGAAGUUUCUCUUUUAGGUCA